AUGAUAGUCUAUGGCAAAGCGUGCCAUCUCUUGGUAGAAUUGGAGCACCGAGCGCUUUGGGCUCUUAAAACCGUGAACGUAGAUCUUACUCCAGCGGCUAGGAAAAGGUAUUUCCAAAUCCAUGAGUUAGAAGCCCUUAGAGAUACGGCGUAUGAGCGUUCUUGGAGUAUCAAAGAGAAAACAAAAGCGUUACAUGAUAGGAAGAUUAAGGGGUUGAAGGAGCUUAAAACCGGUGAUCAAGUGCUUCUUUACAAUUCGAAGUUUAAGUUGUUUCCUGGAAAGUUGAAGUCAAAGUGGACGGGACCGUAUGUCGUGAAGGAAGUGUUUCCGCAUAGUGCGAUUGAGCUAUACGAUGAAGUUAGUAAGAGAUCAUGA